UAUUCCACAGCUGUCCUUUUAGCGUGUAUAUAUGCUUCGCCUGUAGAUGGCAACAGUGUGUCUGACACGCAUUGAGCAGGACUAAAAUUAGACGACAAGAAGAAUAAACUUUCACCGGAAGUAAGCGUUCCAUUACUUGGUAGUUUAAAACAGGCUCUGUGUUCUUUGCUGUUUCUCCAGAGCUGCGCAGUCUUGACAUGGAUAUGCAGGCUGCUGGAGGCAGCGCUGCUCAGACUCACCCUCUGUUUGGAGGAGCGCUUUCAGCCGUCCUCCCUUACACCGCCACAGACAUCAGUGAGCUGAGGGAGAUUCCGGACAACCAGGAGGUGUUUGUUCACACAAACACCGACCAGAGCCUGAUCGUGGAACUGGUGGAGUACCAGGGACAAGUGGCAGACCAAGACGCUGCCAGGUAUCACUUUGAAGACAUAGCAGGCAGCAACAAGGCUUUAGGCCCAGGUGCGUUUGAAGUGACCAGUGUUAUGCCCCUGUCCAAGUCUGAGCUGUCCCUGUCAGACUGCAGCUCUGCCUGGAUGCUGACUGGGACACAGUGUGUAUCCAAGUUCAACGAAGAAGCAAGGAAUAUAGUGACCCUUCACCUGGGUCUGUUCCGUUUGCCACAGUUUUCCACAGAUGUCCUGAUAACCUUCAAUGACCCACAGAGGAUCAGCCCUGACAGCAGUAGUGCUGCUUCGGCUGGGACACUCAGGGAGCCAUGGACAAUGUACGACUUCCAGCGCUUGUUGCAGACUCUGACUCUGCACAACCCAGGACUGUUUGGGUAGAACACUGGCUGUCUCAGAGUGGGACCUCACCUAAUUACGGAUUUAGCCUCAGGCCUUACAAAAAUCUGGUCUGCCGCAUGCUGUGGCUUUCAACCCCAAAUUCUUGAAAGCACUUCCUUUAAGUGAUGGUCCUGUCCCAGCCAUCACACAUAAAAAUUAAUGUUCUGUCCUGCAUUUGACGUUGACUUUGUUCUGACAGUUAAAUUGAACAGAAACCAAAUAUUGCAUGAUGUGAAGAAAGUGUUGUUGUAAUAAAUAUUUUGGAUGACAAAUCUUAA